AUGGGGGCAACCGGAGCAGAGAGCAGCUUGCGAUCCCAGCCCUUGUUUUCAAAUGCAGCUUUCCGCAGAGACCACGGCUACUCUGAGCUGAGGGCUGGCACCUGCAGCUUGAGUCAGCCUUUCUGGGAGGAAGAGGGUGAUCUUGAGAAACAGAACCAGAAGUGUGAGUCCAAUUCGCAAGCCCCGACGGCUGUCCGCGCCCUGCGGGGUUCUCUGGCCCUCUCAGCCUUCUCGCUGCAGGCUGGCUCAACCCCCGACGGCUUUGCGGCCCUGAGCCAACCCCACCACCCUCGGGAGAACUAUGUCCAGGAGCAGACGUUCUUCUGCUGGAAUCCGCGCAGGGUCUCAGGGCCACGCCUCUGCCGGGGAUGCCCCCAAGUCAGGUGGGAUCCAGGCCCGAGCCCCGCCCCUGCUCCGCCCCGCGCCCCCGCCCCGCGCCCAGGAGCUCCCCCCUCCCCUCCGGGGGUACGGACACACUGGGUCCCCGCGAACUGCUCCGGGUGGCCACCAUCUCCCCUCCUGGUGCUCUUGGGCUCGUGCAUCUCUGCUCGGAACCGCGGCCGUGUCGUCCGCCUGCAGCCCGUCUCCAGGCUCCCGGCCAACCCCUGCUCGGGGCGCCGCCGCUGGGACGGCUCGGGCUCCGUCGCCGCCUCCUCUCUGGGCGCGCGUCCCGCCGCCCCGGCGAGUGUGCGGCUCGACCCGGGCCCAGGCCUCUGGCCGGGAAAGGACGGUCCCCGAAUGCAGGGAAAGCCGGGGAUCCUGAAGUCGUGGCUAGAGUCAAGGGCAACCAGGCUGCUGGAAUUGGGUCGAGAGAGUUCAUUCACUAAACAAUCGGGACCUUGAACUAAGAAUUCCCAAAAUGGGAGAGCAGAUGGUGAAGAAACAAACACCAUCAUCCCAGGCCCCUGCUUUUAAGGAGUGUGAAAUAAAUGGUUAAUUGUACAUAAUGAAACCAUUAAGCAUUGCCUCACAUUUCCCUCUUUCUUCUCUUAUGUUCUGCAGCUGGGUUCUAGCUAACCUCAGAUUUCCUAAUAAAGAAAAACCUGGUAACUCCAA